UAGUUAGAAUGUGGGACCACUGCCUCUAAAUCUCCGUCAGGUGUUAAAUAUGCUAGUGGCUGUUGUUAAUUUGCCAUUCUGUCACAAUUAUUCUCCUAGGACAACAAAUCCAAAUCAACCCACUCCGCCUGUGUGCGCUUGGCGGCCGUCACUGCCGCGGCGCCGAGGCCACAACAAACAAACGGCCGGCGUGUGUGUCAGUGUCUCGGUGCCCCGCGUCAGCCCGCCGCCAGGAGCACCCCGGGGCACGCGCGCCGAGCAUGGACGGCUAAUGAGGACAGGAGUAAACAGCAGAGCGAGAAGAUGUUAACCCACGGAGCUGCCAACGCCCGCGUGUACAGCACCGCCAGCAGCCAGCCCCCGCCGCCUCCCCUGCCACUGCUGCUGCCAGGGGCGUGUCGCCGCGUCUGCCGCCCCUGCCCCUGCCGCAGCUGUUAGGGGCGUGUUGCGGCGUCCAGCACUUCCUCUGGUGUUGCUGUUAGGGGUGUGUUGCUGUGCCUACUAGGGCCACGGCUUCUGUUGGGAGUGCAUUGCUGGGGCCACCACCUCUAUUGCUUGUGUUGGGGCGAGUCGCUGCGUCCACCACCACUACUGCUGCUGUCACUGCCUGACAGGGGCGUGCCGCUGCCUGCUUGCUGUGCGUCAUGCCGGUGGACAUCAACAACCUGACUGAUGGCUGGCUGGAGCUGGAGAGUGACCCAGGCCUUUUCACACUACUGUUGGAGGACAUGGGGGUGAGAGGCGUGCAGGUGGAGGAGGUGUAUGACCUGCAAAAGUCCUUUGAAGGGAAGGUGUAUGGAUUUAUCUUCCUCUUCAGGUGGAUUGAGGAGAGGAGAUCAAGGAGAAAGGUUGUGGAGAACACCGACAAUUAUGUGCAGGAUGAAGCUGUCGUCAAUAACAUGUUCUUUGCUCAGCAGAUGGUGCCAAACAGCUGUGCCACUCACUCCCUAGUCUCUGUGCUGCUCAACUGCUCCGCCCUUGACCUUGGCCCCACCCUUUCCCGCCUCAAGGUUCACACGGUGGGCAUGAACCCAGAGAAUAAGGGUUGGGCCAUCGGCAACACCCCAGAGCUGGCCAAUGCACACAACUCACACUCGGCACCUCAGGCUCGCAGACGACCUGACAAGACCCCGGGGGUGCCCACCAGCUCGAGGGUCAGCAAUGCUGAAACUUUUCACUUUGUCUCCUAUGUCCCUGUCAAUGGAAGGCUGUUUGAGCUGGAUGGACUCAAGCCAUCACCAAUAGAUCAUGGUCCCUGGCAGCCAGGAGAGGACUGGACCGAAAAAUUUCGUCGUGUGAUAACAGAGCGACUUGGCAUAGCGACAGGUGGCGAGCCAUAUCAUGACAUAAGGUUCAACUUGAUGGCCGUUGUGCCUGACAAGAUCACUGCCCUCAGGAGAAAGCUGAGUGCUCUCAGGAGGAACAGAGAGACCAUCCUUGAGGCCCUCCACCAGUUCAUUCGUCAGCGGUUCCCACAGUACAUCGGCAAGGAAAAGCUGCCUGCCACUUCCACCAUCCUUCCCCAGGACCACCCUGUUGAGGAAGGCAACAACCUGUCCCUCUUGGCUGUUGCUGCCUCACAGAAACUGGAGGCCCAGGGCUAUGCAGACCCUCACCCCUGCACCACCAGCCCCCACCAGCCCCCACAGACUCAGAUCCAGGCUCAGGCCCAAACCCCCAGGACCCUGCACCCACACCCACUACACUCACAGCAACAACACCAGCACACACCUGUUAGAUCUGAGGCCAAGACACCAGCAGGGCUGGAGUUACCUCCCUCAGCGGGCACCCUCUCCACCCCUCCGGACUAUGCCACCCCACUCACCAUCCAGACCUCUCCUGCUCCUCCAUCCACCCCAUCAACUGACACAGCCUCAGAGUCUGGGACCCCCUAUCACUCCCCUCAGGGCAGCAGUGGGUCCAUGCAAAGCAGUCCAGCCACAAGUAGUGAGUACCAGCAACUUGUGGUGGUGCACUUCACUCCACCACCUGCUGCUGCUGCUGCUGCCUCUACUAUCUCCCCCACCCCUCAGUCCUCCACCACCUCCACAACCAUCAUCACUGCCACCACCAUCACCACCACUCAGACAGCUACUACUAGCAUAACAGCAACUACUGCUGCUACCUCAGUGCACCAAGGCCACCCUUCCAGCUUGCCUUCAGCCUGCCAACGACUGGAGGAAGUGGUACAAAGGCUGGAGGAGGAGAAAGGGAAAAAGAGGAGGAAAAGCAUAACAGAAGAUGAGGAGGAAGAUGAAUCUUCAUCUCUUGCUGGAUUCCUAGAUUCUCCUGAAGAGGUAGACAUCAAGCCAAACUUAGACCUUUUAGAAGGGUGUGCAGCAACUUCCUUCAGUCCAGAAGAGAGUGGUGCGGACAUCAAAGUCAAAAAGGAAGGUGAGGGAGAGGUAGACAUCAAGCCAAACUUAGACCUUUUAGAAGGGUGUGCAGCAACUUCCUUCAGUCCAGAAGAGAGUGGUGCAGACAUCAAAGUCAAAAAGGAAGGUGAGGAGAGGGAUGGAUGGGAAGAUGGAAGAACGAGUGAGAUAACAGGAGAAGACAUAGCAGCUGGCCCCAACCAUCUCCUCCACCUUGUUGACCUGCUGGAAGAGGAGAUCACCACCUGUGAGGCCCAGCUGAAGGAUGAACUGGACCAGCGCAAAAGAUACAAGGUGGAUGACAGCCGACGAACGCACAAUUACGACCAGUUCAUCAUCACCUUCCUGGCCAUGCUGGCAGAGCAGGGCAAGAUGAGCGACUUGGUGAAAGAGCAACUCCAACCCUCACGCAAACGUCCACCCCCAGCACCGUCCACACCCAGAGGACCCAAAGCACCGCUGAAGAAAACAGAAUCCAAGUCUCCAAGCACCUCCAAGAAGAGAGGGAGAAAGAAAAAAGCAAAAGGAAAGAGAAAAAGAUGAGCCAUUCUCUUGUUCUUUGCUUUGUCACCACCAAUCAGCUGUACACAGUGUACAUUGCUACAACACUUCUGGAAUCUAAUGUAAUUUGUUGAAGUGAUGUAUUGCAACACUUUUGAAUGUGGAAGGAUAUCACUGUAUAUAUUCAUAUUUAUUAUUAUGGAACACUUGGACAUAAUACCAAUUAAAGUGUUACAUACAUAAAUAUAAUGAGAAAGCCUCAAUUUAUACUUUAAGGUUAAAAUUAAAGAAUACUGCAUUUAAAACAUGCACAUGAGGGCACAUUGCCAGGUCAUGGGUGCCUCAACAACAAUUCUCAAAUCUUGCCUUAUUUGUGGUUGCACUUGGGGCAAUAAUGGUAAGGGCCAAGAUGCAGUUCAUUAGAAUAGCUCAUCCAGCAGUGUAGGUUUCUCUUUAUACAGUGUUACCUAGCAAUUCCUUGUGGGCUGUUUGUGCACCUAGCUCCUGCCUCACCGCAAUGGCAGUGGAAGGCAGUGGUGCUCUUUUAUGAAUCAAGGGGUCACAGAUCCUUACUGUACAACUCCCCCCAAAAUUUGCUUGCAAUCAUUUAGCAGAUCUGAAGAUGCUAUAUAUUCCAAUACACUUGCACUGUCCAACUACCAAGUACAUUGACCUACAAAUGUAGCUCCUUAAGCUAUAUGCAAAGUAAUCAUGAAACUUGCUUAAGGAUGAUUUGGAAACUAUUGUCAGUGCAAUGCAGUUUGAAGUAAAAUGGUCUAAUUUUAACAGUUCCUGACAUCUUAGAAAUAUGUAUAUUUCCAAGGUUUUAGUAAAUAAGAACUUUUUAGAAUAAGGAAUCAUCUUUUAUAUGGAGAAAAUUGAAAACUAAAACUACCGAAAUGUAACUUGCCUGUAUCUUACCAUAACUAAAUCCAGAAACAGAUGUUUUGGACACUUUCAAGUGAUGUUGGGCUAUACUGAAAAAAAGAAAAAAGGAGGUUAAUACUCAGGGGACUGUUCUAUUUAUUUUGUGGCUCUGUCAUACCUGCAAUUGCUCCCAAGUACCUGAAAUUAGAAUCUGGGAGUGUGCAUUGGAAGUCUUAUGCACCUACCUGUACUGGAGUUUUAUUCAGUAUUUUUUACAACUUUAAUAAAUAGCAGCGGUUUCCCAGAGUAUGUACACACACACAUACACACUUGGAAAGCAACUCAGGGAAAACUUUAUUCUUUCAAGUUGAAAGUACUAAGAAAAAAUAUACGGUAAUGUUCUUAAUAAUGUGAAAAAAAGUUGGAAUUGUUUGUCAUCAGAAAGUACCUAUGCAGUUGUUUGCAUAACUUAGCAUCACACAAUAAAUAUCAAACAAUAACAA